UCUCUGUCUUGACAUCACCUGGAUGAAUGAUGACUGAGAUAGCAAUGAAGGGGAGUCUUUAAAUUGCAACUAGUUUUCAUUGUGAAAUCAUUGUGAUUAAAAUGUCCAUUUCAGUCAGUGCACAGGGGUUUAUGGUUUUUGAUGGUGUUUCCAUGAUGGUGAUGCAGAGAAAAGCAGCCCUUGUUAAAGGCAGUCUCAACCUGUUUUCCCAUUUGGCUUCUUGCCAUCACAGAAGAGCAAUCUAAGGUUUCUUCGACAGCACUGGAGCUACGUUGCGUCCUUGAGAGCUAUGAACCUGGAGGACGUGCUCUCGCUGCGCAAUCACAGCGGGCCUCCAAGCACUUCAUCCCAAGUCAGAGACCUGCCCCCGCUGAGGCCUAAGAGGAGGAAGGAAAGGCUUGACCCCUGUCCCAGGGGCGGGCUGCCUACCACAGACCCAAGGUCACGGUGCUGUGCGCACAUACAUCUUUUCAAAGAAGAGAUUGGGAACCAGGUUAACUUCGAGGAAUUUAAGGACGGUUUCAUGGCUGUGUUGUCAUCACAGGCUGGUCUUGCCUCCUCAGAUGAAGACAGUGGGCCUUUGGAGUCAGUUGCCUCCCAGGCUGUGCCCUCAAAGGCCAUGAGCAGCUCUAAGUGGUCCGGCUGUCGGAGCCAGCCCGAGCCCUGUGGCGCUGCAGGUGGAGCCCCAGGUUUACCGGAGCAGCCGGUCACACCCAGUGUGAGAAGCCAGCUCUGCUGCUCCGCGUCCCUGGAAAGCGUCGAGAGUCUCAAGUCUGAUGAAGAAGCCGACAGUGCGAAGGAGCCUCAGAAUGAAUUGUUUGAAGCCCAAGCAGCCUCCCCCCUCACCAGAGGCCCUGACUGUGCCCCAAGUGGAGGGCGAGACGUGGCUCUGGUCCUGGGAACCUGGCAGAGCUCCCGGAAGGCAGUCACAGGUGUGCUCAGCAACGCUGGGUGCACCGGCACGAGUCGGGGAGGCCGCGCCCGCCGAGCACAGGUGGUGAGGUCACAGAAGGUGCGUGAAGAGGCCGCGGUCCUCAUGGCGCUGAUGCCCGCAUGCAGGUCCUGGAGGAGAGUGUCGGCCAGACCACCCCGUCGUCCCUCGUGUCCCGAGUGCUCAGGCCCCCGCCUCUUCUGCAGCAUGGAUGAUGGCAGCGGGUCCUCCUUCCCAGAGCAGAUCAUCUCCUUGUGGGCCCAGGAGGGCGUUCACAAUGGCAGGGAGGUCCUGCAGGUGGCGGCCGGUCUUGCAGCUGCCCCAGCAGAGGCGUCUGGGCGGGGGAAUUAG